AUGUACCAAAAGCUUACCAUUGCAAAACUUACCAUUCCAAAGAUUUACCAGCCUUUUUUUACCAAAUAUGUCGGUAUCGACAUUGCUCCCGGCAUGGUUAAGAAGUACAACGAGACUGCCCUGCAUCUAGGCCUUUCUCAGGAGAAAAUGUACGCGGUGAAGGGGGACCUCUCGUCCGGGUCUACCCAAGAAUUCUCCAAACCAGAAGAUGUUCCGACAGCCGAUCUAUCUCAGGAGGAGUUCUUCAACUUCGAUUUCGCGGGGGUAGCCCUGGCGCUACAUCACAUGGAAAACCCGGAGGCCGCGAUUGUGAAUUUGGUAAAGAGGUUAAAGAACGAUGGCGUGCUAUUGGCAAUAGAUUUGCUACAGCCAGAAGAGCCUUCAGAGCCGAAAUGCGGGGAAAGGAAGGGCUGUAAUCACCACCAUCAUCAUCGCUGCCAUGAUGAUAGCCACGGCCACAGUCACGAUCAUACCGAUGCUGCUACCACUUCAAGCUCGCCUCAAUCCGGAGGGGACACUAUUUCUCACGACCACCCGACUUUCUCACUUGAGCGAAUGAAGAGUAUGUUUGCCCGUGCUGGGCUGAUUGAUGUAGAUAUCAUCCUGUCUGACUGGAAGUUGGAGUUACCAAUUGUGAAGGAUCCCAAUACGAAAUUGCUCUUUGCGAGGGGGAGGAAGCGCAAGUCUGAGGUUUUGGGAUCAGUUAGAGAAACGUGUUCGGGAGGCGUGAGAACUUGGAACGGACCGCUGUCAAGAUGUGUUUUGAUGUCGCAUUUUAAAUUUUGA